AUGCGUGUGCGUUCGGCUUUCACCGCAUUGGCGCUGUCGGCAGCGGUCGCGCUGGCCUCGUGCCAGGGCAGCGACGUGCUGAACCUUGCCGCCGAGGCGCCGCUGCCGCGCGAUGUCGUCAACAUCAUGAGCGCCAAGGGGAUGACCAAGUCAUCGCCCAUCAUGAUGCGCAUCUUCAAGGAAGAAGAGGUGCUGGAGGUCUGGAAGCAGACCGACACCGGCCGCUACGAUCUCGUCAAGACCUAUGAGAUCUGCGAGUUUUCCGGCGACAAGGGACCAAAAUUCCGGGAAGGCGACCGGCAGAGCCCGGAAGGGUUCUACUUCGUCAACCGGAACCUUCUGAACCCCAAUUCGAGCUAUCAUCUGUCGUUCAAUCUGGGCUUUCCCAAUGCGUUCGACCGCUCGCAUGGCCGCACCGGCUCGUUCCUGAUGGUGCACGGAGAUUGUUCGUCGCGCGGCUGUUACGCGAUGACCGACAAGUACAUCACCGAGAUCUACGCGUUCGCGCGCGAGGCGCUGCGCGGCGGCCGGCAGAACGAGUUCCAGGUGCAGGCCUUCCCGUUCCGCAUGACGCCGGAAAACAUGGCCGCGCACCGCGACAGCCCGCAUUUCGAGUACUGGAAGAUGCUCAAAUCGGGCUAUGACCAUUUCGAGCUGACGCGCACGCCGCCCAAGGUCGAUGUCUGCGAGCGCAAGUACAUCUUCAACCAGAUCCCCGAGGACGGCGACUUCGAAGCGGCUGCGCAGUGCCCGCAGACGACGAUGCCGGCGCCGCUGGCCAUCGCCUACAACCAGCUCAAGCAGCAGCACGCGCUGCAGUUCGAGCGCGCCGUGGCGCGCCUCGAGGGCCGUCCGCUCGAUCUCAGCGAGGGCAUGACCGGACUUCUGGACCUGCCGCCGACGCCGGUGCGCCAGGUCGAACCGCUCACGCCGGCCGAGGUAUUGCCGACCAUCGGCCAGCCGCCCGAGGCAUCGGUUCAGCCGGCGCCCGCCGUUCAGCCUGCAGGACAAUCCGCGCCGUCAUCGGCCCAGUCGACGCCGCUGACGGCGAUCACGCCCGGCACGGCCGGCCCGAUCAUCGCGACGUCCAGCGGAUCGGGCAUCACCGCCAAUUCCGGCCCGCAGGCGGCUCCGGCUGCGCCGGGCGUCGCCCCGGAUUCCGGCGCCGGAACCGGGGUUCCCCUGCCGGCCUCGCGGCCGUUGCAGUGA